AUGGAUCUGCGCUUUAAGUUUUCACAGAAGUGUUGUUUAUGUACUGGAAAGUUUAAAACUUUUAGCACAAUUCAAAAGCACGCGGAACGAAAACACACGGUAGAAGGUGAUCGCGUCUUAAAUGUGGUGUUUUUGGACAACCAGGAGAACGAGGCUUCAGUGCCCGACAUUGGAUUUCUUAACAGGAGAUCGCAAGAUUUUAAAAUAGGAUAUUUAUCGUGGCUGGCAGGGCUUACGGAGCAGAUAAACGCUUCCCUUAAUCCUCGUUUACGUGGUAAGUGGCGAAUUUAAACGGCACAAAGCCUAAUACCACCUAAGCAUUUUGCAUCGCUGUUAAUUUAGAUCUAUGCCCUUGAAUAUUCCACGUUAAAAGCCACCUAAGGUACUACCCAAUCAUCUUUUCAGUUGUGCGUACAGUCAAACUUUGCUCGUUUCUUUAGCAUUUAGUUUCUCAGUUUAGUAGCAAAGUGCUUUGCCCGUCAUUUAGCCGAUUCUCUCACUGGCACGAGCGCACGUUACUCGAGUUUCGCUUGUCACACAAUGGGCGCGAUCCAUUCAACCAAACUUUCCGGAAAUUUCGGUUUAAAACUCAAUGGAUCGGUUCGGUCCAACCGGAAAAGUUUCGAAAAAACGGGUCCACCUUUUGAGGUGGUCCUCUUUUCCCGGUCGGACCGGUUGGAAGUUUGGUUGAAUGGAUCGCGCCUAAUGAUCCCGGCUACGGGAGAAGAGCGUUGCGUGACGAAACAGAACCACUGUGUGCGAAUGAAUGAAUAAAAUCUUUAUUUUACUUAGAAUGUCAGAUGAUCUCAGAAAGCUUAAACUUACACUUCUCUUGUCAAAAAAAUGUGCUGAAGACCCAAUUUAAUUGUAGCUGGUUUUGUCUACUUUCAUUUCUAGGUGGUUUGGUGACUUUACAAAAUUCCCACAAGUUCCUGAAAGGUACUUUGGGCACUUAGCUUGUCAACUAGGAUGCAGGGUGCAUAGCAUGAGGCAGGUACCUCAUAAGAAGCCUCCAUUUUACUGCCCAUCAACAAGGCGAGUUUCCUAUAAAGUGUAUAGCCUCACUUCAUUUACUGAUGCAUUGCAUGAACAAACCCUUCUUAAACUAAAUGAGACGGCCUGGUACAGUGACCUACAGGAAGUGGAGAAAAGAUCUGACCUUAGCCCUCAGGAGGAGCUCCAGGCUGCCAAGAACUGUAGUUUUUUGAGCACUGUCAGAAAUGAGGAGGGAUCAGGGGAUCUAUUAACCAAACGUCUAACAGCCAAAGCAAGUUUGGAGAUGGGUCCAAGACAAGGAUGGACCACUAGGGAGGUAGAG